AUGAAUAAAAAUUAUUAAGCAAGCCUUAGAGAUAAACAUUUUUUCAAAUGGUGCUACAUCAUUCGGUAUGUUUAAUAAUAGAAAGAAAAUAAAGAAAAUGCUGAGAAAUUUGAUAAUGAAAUGAUUAAUGUUUUGCUUAUAGAUUAAUACCCCUAAACAAAGUGCAACAAAGAAUUGCUUCUUUAACUAAUAAGUGAAGAUUUUGAUCUAAAAUUCGUGAAAUUGAUCUAUAAGCCAACAUUCUAAUAGAUAACAAGCAAUCAUAUUACACUCAGAAUAGGUUUUUAUUGAAAUUGAACUUGAAACCCAAAUCAAUAAAAGAAAGGUAUUUGAUAAUUAAGUUAAAAGGCAAUCAAAAAAAGAAUGACUCUCCUUUCGAGUUUUUAGGAAACACAACCAAAUAGCAUAGAUUUCUUAUACCAUGUAUAAAAAAACUUCUUCAUUAAUUAUCAAUCCUAUAACCAAAGAGAAGAUUUGAUUCAAGAAUUGCACACAAUGAGGAUCUUCAUUAAGUGCUUUCCUUUUCAACAUAUAUCUCAAAAAUUUAAUAGCUAUGGUCAAGAAGGAUUAAUGCAGCUUGCAAUGAAAAUUAAUCUAAAAAACGCGAAAAGAAGAAAACUCUUUGA